GGAGCAGCACCCGGGCUGGAGUAGCCCUGGCCCGGCCUGGGGAUUAGUGUGAGGGGGGAUUAUAUCCUCCAGGAGCACAAUCCUCCAUCACUUGUUUUCAUUCUGCCUCUUUGUUGUUUUUGCACAGAACUUUCCAGACUCAUCAGGACAUUUUUCUUCUAUUUCCUGCAGGAAAAAAAACAAGAAUAUUCCAGACAAAAACAUGAAUGAGGCUUAAAAAAAAGUUAUUAUUUUAUAAUAACAGCAGAUAUUUAAUAGCACAAGGCGAGAUGGGGCCGUUAAAAGUCACUGUUUUAUCAUUCACAGUGCAAUAAAAACACAAUUAGUCCCUUCAGGAGCAUUAAAGGAUAUUAGAGUGAAGCCACAGGAGACAGAAAAGUCCAUAAAGUGCAUCAGAAACUCUGCAGGAGGAGGAAGAUGAUGAUGAAGAGGAGCAAUAAACUCUGAGAUAUUAUCUGCUGAGGACAUGAACAGCUGAUUCUAAAGUGGAUGCAAAACUGUGGAAAUACUUCAGAGAUGGAAAAUGACCCGAUCUUAACCCAGCAGCAGCAUCAGUAGGAGUCAACCAGCAGCGGCGGCGGCGGCGGACACGGUGUCCGUCAGAUGAGUGAGCAUGUCGGACCGGAGCGCCCCGGGCUGCCGGCUCAGGCUGGACUGGGUCUACGGGUACCGGGGCCACCAGUGCCGCAAUAACCUGUACUACACCGCCGGGAAGGAGGUGGUGUACUUCGUGGCCGGCGUCGGCGUCGUUUACAACACCAGAGAGCACAGCCAGAGGUUCUACCUGGGACACAACGAUGACAUCAUCAGCCUGGCGUUACACCCUGAGCGCUCCCUGGUGGCUACCGGUCAGGUGGGGAAGGAUCCCUAUGUGUGUGUGUGGGACUCCUUCACUGUCCAGACCGUCUCUCUGCUGAGGGACGGACACACACACGGCAUCGCCUGCCUCGCCUUCAGCGCCGACGGACAGCGGUUAGCUUCGGUCGGCCUGGACGCCAAGAACACAGUGUGUAUCUGGGAGUGGAAGAGAGGGAAGAUCCUCGCCACCGCCACCGGACACUCAGACAGGAUCUUCGACGUCAGCUGGGAUCCGUUUCAACAAAACCGUCUGGUGAGCUGCGGAGUCAAACACAUCAAGUUCUGGUCUCUGUGUGGGAACGCUCUGACUCCGAAGCGAGGGAUCUUUGGGAAGACGGGCGACCUGCAGACGAUCCUCUGCGUGGCGUCGGCUAAAGAUGACAUCACGUACUCCGGAGCGCUGAACGGGGACAUCUACGUCUGGAAAGUCCUGAACCUGAUCCGGACGGUCCAGGCUGCACACGGGGCUGGGAUCUUCAGCAUGUACUCCUGUGAGGAGGGUUUUGCCACCGGUGGCAGAGACGGCUGCAUCCGUCUGUGGGACGCCGACUUCAAACCCAUCACCAAGAUCGACCUGCGAGAGGCCGAGCAGGGCUACAAAGGUCUUUCUAUUCGCAGCGUCUGCUGGCGAGCCGACCGGAUCCUGGCGGGAACGCAGGACAGCGAGAUCUUUGAGGUGAUGGUGAGGGACCGGGACAAGCCUCUUCUCAUCAUGCAGGGACACAGUGAGGGAGAGCUCUGGGCGCUGGACGUUCACCCCAAAAAACCUCUGGCUGUCACCGGCAGCGACGACCGCUCCGUCAGGUUGUGGAGUCUGGUGGAUCACGCUCUGAUCGCUCGCUGUAACAUGGAGGAGGCGGUCCGCAGCGUGGCGUUCAGCGUGGACGGAUACCAGCUGGCUCUGGGGAUGAAGGACGGCUCAUUCACUGUACUGAGAGUCAGGGACAUGACGGAGGUGGUCCACAUCAAGGACAGGAAGGAGGUGAUCCAUGAGAUGAAGUUCUCUCCAGACGGAGCGUACCUGGCCGUGGGCUCCAACGACGGGCUGGUGGACGUCUACGCCGUCGCCCAGAGAUACAAGAAGGUGGGGGAGUGUGGACAGUCCAGCAGCUUCAUCACCCACCUGGACUGGUCUCUGGACAGUAAGAUCCUGCAGAGCAACGACGGAGCCGGAGAACGUCUCUUCUACCGUAUGCCCAUGGGGAAGCCCGUGGCUAAGGAGGAGGUGAAGGGUCAGGUGUGGGCGUCGUGGAGCGGCGUGCUGGGGUCAGAGGUCAGCGGCAUCUGGCCCAAAUACUCCACGGUCAGCGAGGUGAACGCCGUGGACGCCAACCACGCCGCCAACGUCCUCGUCACCGGGGACGACCACGGCCUCGUCAAGCUCUACCGCUUCCCCUGCCUCAGGAAAGGAGCUAAGUGUAAAAAGUACAUCGGUCACUCUGCCCAUGUGACCAACGUCCGCUGGUCACAUGACCUCCAGUGGGUUCUGACCACAGGAGGAGCUGACCACGCCCUCUUCCAGUGGAGGUUCCUGCCAGAGUCCGUCCUCAACGGGGGACUGGAGACCAGCGUCCCAGACAGUCAUGGGGACUCUAACAGUGAGGAGUCAGACAGUGAUGUCUCUGACGUCCCUGAGUUGGACUCUGACAUCGAGCAGGAGACUCAGAUCCACUACGACAGACAGGUGUAUAAGGAGGACCUGCCUCAGCUCAGACAGCAGAGCAGAGAGAAGAAGCAGCAGGUUGGGUCUCUGAAGAGACAGAGAGGACCGGACCAGGGCCUCCGGCUGCAGUUCGUACACGGGUACCGUGGCUACGACUGCAGGAACAACCUGUUCUACUCUCAGGGCGGGGAGGUUCUGUUCCACGUGGCGGCGGUGGGCGUGGUCUACAACCGCCAGCAGCACAGCCAACGCUUCUACCUCGGACACGACGACGACAUCCUCAGCCUCAACAUCCACCCACUGAAGGACUACGCUGCUACUGGACAGGUGGGGAGGGACCCAGCCAUCCAUGUUUGGGACAUCCAGACUCUGAAGUGUCUCUCUCUACUGAGAGGUUUCCACCAGAGAGGAGUGUGUGCUCUGGACUUCUCAGCUGAUGGAAAGAGUCUGGUGUCGGUCGGAGUCGAUGACGGACACUCCAUCGUGGUCUGGGACUGGAAGAGAGGAGAGAAACUCGCCACCGCCAGGGGUCAUAAGGAGAAGAUCUUCGUGGUGAAGUGUAACCCUCUGCUGAUGGACAAACUGGUCACUGUGGGAAUCAAACACAUCCAGUUCUGGCAGCAUGCAGGUGGCGGUCUCACCUUCAGGCGUGGUGCGUUCAGGAGCGUGGGGCGUCCGGAGACCAUGAUGUCGGUGUGUUACGGGCGCAGCGAGGCGCUGGUCUUCUCGGGCGCCGCCACCGGAGACGUUUACAUCUGGAAGGAGGCGCUGCUGCUGAAGACGGUGAAAGCUCACGACGGGCCCGUCUUCGCCAUGUUCUCCCUCGACAAGGGCUUCGUGACGGGCGGGAAGGACGGCGUGGUGGAGCUGUGGGACGACAUGUUCGACCGCUGUCUGAAGACGUACGCCAUCAAGAGAGCAGCGCUGUCCCCGGGCUCCAAAGGCCUGCUGCUGGAGGACAACCCGUCCAUCAGAGCCAUCACUCUGGGUCACGGUCACAUCCUGGUAGGAACCAAGAACGGAGAAGUUCUGGAGAUCGACAAGACCGGACCCAUGACUCUGCUGGUGCAGGGUCACAUGGAGGGGGAGGUGUGGGGUCUGGCCCCCCACCCCCUCCUCCCGGUCUGCGCCACCGUCAGCGAUGAUAAAACUCUUCGUCUGUGGGAGACGUCGGCCAAUCACCGCAUGGUGGCGGUCCGCAAGCUGAAGAGAGGCGGGCGCUGCUGUGCCUUCUCCCCUGAUGGGAAGGCGUUGGCGGUCGGUCUGAGCGACGGCGGCGUGCUGGUGGUGAACGCCGACACGCUGGAGGAUCUGCUGAGCUUCCACCAUCGACGAGACGCCAUCUCUGACGUCCGCUUCACCCCAGACUCAGGUAAAUUCCUGGCGGUGGCGUCUCAUGACAGCUUCGUGGACAUCUACAACGUGCUGAGCAGUAAGAGAGUCGGCAUCUGUAAAGGAGCGUCCAGCUACAUCACACACAUCGACUGGGACGCCAAAGGUAAGCUGCUGCAGGUGAACACAGGAGCCAAAGAGCAGCUUUUCUUUGAAGCCCCAAGAGGACGAAGACAAACCAUCAGAAACUCUGAGCUGGAGCGUGUGGACUGGGCCAGCUGGACCUGUGUUCUGGGUUCCAGCUGUGACGGGAUCUGGCCGACUCACAGUGACAUCACCGACAUCAACGCGGCGUCUCUGACCAGAGACGGCUCGCUGCUCGCCACCGGAGACGACUUCGGCUUCCUCAAGCUGUUCGGAUACCCCGUCAGGGGUCAGUACGCUCGCUUCAAGCGCUACGUGGGCCACAGCGCCCAGGUGACCAACGUGCGUUGGGCUCAGGACGACGCCACGCUGCUGACGGUGGGCGGAGCCGACACCGCCCUGAUGAUCUGGGCCAGGGAGAAAGGGGGCGGAGCCAUCGGGGACCAUGACAACAGAGACAACAGAGACAACAGGGCGCCGGUGGACAGCGAGGAGUCGGACGACGACAUCGAGGAGGACGGAGGCUACGACAGUGACGUUGCCCGGGAGAAGUCGGUGGAUUACACCACUAAGAUGUACGCCGUCAGCCUCCGAGAGAUGAGAGGAACCAAACCUCAGCAGCAGCUGAAGGAGGUCUCUACUGAGGAGAGGCCUCCAGUCAGCCGAGCGGCGCCGCAGCCGGAGAAACUCCAGAAGAACAACGUCAACAAGAAGAAGAGACCAGUGGAGGACCUGGUUCUGGAUCAUGUCUUUGGUUUUCGGGGCUUUGAUUGUCGUAACAACCUUCACUACCUCAACGAGGGGACGGACAUCGUUUACCACACGGCAGCGACCGCCAUCGUCCACAGCCUCACCACCGGAACUCAGAGUUUCUACCUGGAACACACGGACGACAUCCUGUCUCUGACGGCCAACCAGCACCCCAAGUACAAAAACGUCAUCGCCACCGGACAGAUCGGUGACGUCAGUGAACUUCCAGGCACCACUCCCUCCAUCCAUGUGUGGGACGCUAUGAGUAAGCAGACCCUGUCCAUCCUGCGCUGUCCUCACACUCGAGGAGUCGGCUACGUGAACUUCAGCGCCACGGGGAAGCUGCUGCUGUCGGUGGGGGUGGAGCCUGAACACACCAUCACCGUGUGGCGCUGGCAGGAAGGAUCCAAAGUGUGCAGCAAGGCGGGACACCCCGACCGGAUCUUCGUGGUGGAGUUCCGUCCCGACUCGGACUCUCAGUUCGUGUCGGUGGGAAUCAAACACGUGAAGUUCUGGACGCUGGCGGGCGGCGCUCUGAUGCACAAGAAGGGCGUGGUGGGGACGCUGGAGGACGCACGCAUGCAGACCAUGCUGUCGGUCGCCUUCGGGGCCAAUAACUUGACGUUCACGGGAGCGAUUAACGGGGACGUGUACGUGUGGCGGGACCACUACCUGCUGAGGGUGGUGGCGAAGGCCCACACGGGGCCCGUCUUCACCAUGUACACCACGCUGAGGGACGGCCUCAUCGUCACCGGCGGCAAGGAGCGCCCGACGAAGGAGGGCGGGGCGGUGAAGCUCUGGGAUCAGGAGAUGAAGCGCUGCAGAGCGUUCCAGCUGGAGACGGGACAACAGGUGGAGGUGGUCCGCUCCGUCUGCAGAGGGAAGGUGAGGAGGUGCUAGUUAUUAUCUUCACCUCCUCCUCAGAGACCUCCUCAGCAACUCCUGUCUAACUCCUCCUC